GGUUAAUCAAUCCAUUCACGUCUCUCUUUUUCCCUGUGGUCAUCGCAUUCGCUUCCUCUGCAUUUGGGGCUUUACUCGAGGCCCCAAUCCUCCCCGGUCUCCCUGCUCGGUGAUGACUGAGGACUGAGGAGGAACUCCCCAAGAGGCAUCAAUUGCAAGAAAGAGAGAAAGAGAGAGGAAUCCGCACUCGGUACUGUCUGUUGGUGAAGGUUGUUGUUUGGUCAACGGGGGUUGAUCACUGAUCGGCGAUGGGUGCAGCGCCGGAUUGGCAUGGGGAGAUGGAUGAAACGCAUCUGAUGGGGGCGUUAGGGAACUCCAAGUGCUGGCCUCCAGGGUUUCGCUUCCAUCCUACUGACGAGGAGCUCGUGCUGUAUUACCUUAAGCGCAAGAUCUGCGGCCGCAGGAUCAAGUCCCCCAUGAUCGGCGACGUGGACGUCUACAAGCACGAGCCCUGGGAACUCCCUGAAAAAUCUGUUCUGAGGAGUGGUGACAAGCAGUGGUAUUUCUUUACCCCAAGGGACAGAAAAUACCCAAAUGGUUCCAGAUCCAAUCGAGCCACCAAGCGUGGCUACUGGAAAGCUACAGGGAAGGACCGGUCCAUCUCUCAGAACUCAAAGCCUGUUGGUAACAAGAAAACCCUUGUGUACUAUCAGGGCAGGGCUCCCAAGGGACAGCGGACAGAUUGGGUAAUGCAUGAGUAUGCCAUGGAAGAGCAAGCACUUGUGGGCUUCAUCAAUGUGCAGGACUGUUACGCUCUUUACAAGGUUUUCAGAAAGAGUGGACCUGGCCCCAAGAAUGGAGAGCAGUAUGGUGCGCCUUUCAUAGAAGAGGAGUGGCAUGAUGAUGAGACGGCGGAUGAAUGUGUGAACAGUCUGAUAGAUUGGGAGCCUCCAUUGUGUGAGCAUGACAAUUGUGAUUCUACACAAGCUGUUGGCACAAAUGUUCUUCCAAUUGAUAAUUUGGAGCACCUUUUGCUACAAAUGUCUGACCAACUAGAUACGGACCCUCAGCUGCAUGAAGGUUCUGCGUAUGUCUCAGAGUUUGUUGUCGAAACAGAAAUUGGAAGCUGCAUUGUGCCACAGAGCCAAAUAAAACCUUGCUCUUUGGUGGACACUGAUACUUGGUGUGAGCCGAGCGUUGUGGAGACAAGUUCCCCAGAAUGCAGAUUCUAUUUCUACAUGUUAUCAACCCACUGAAGGCCCAAGGAAUUGUCCUUUGCAUGUUCUUCUGGUCAGGGCCAGCUGCAAGCCAUUGAAGAGUUCUUGGAAAUAAAUGAUAUCAACAACUCAGAGAGUAUCAAUCGCGCUGCAGAUUGUACUGGCAAUCAGAAUCCAGGUCACAACAUUAAUGGACUAUUAUAUGACCCUGAUGAGUACUUUGAUGCAUCCAUGUUUUUAGCUGAGGCAAUGGCCCCUCUAGAUGGAACCACAAGCGGCGGCACAUAUUCAUAUUUUGUUGGUUUUGAAGAUGAAACACAAUUCCAUUAUCCCCAUAUUACUAGUGACCUCUGGACGCAUGACCAGAAUUUCACUGUACCCACUUCUGUGGAGCCACACCAGGUUGCCAUGGAAUCUCCCUCUUCAGGUGCUUUGUAUGCUAGUACUGUUUCAAAUUCCAUCGAGCAACCUCUGGGUCAAGUUACCCAGGAAUUAGGUGUUUCAACGUCCUGGUUCGGCUCAAAAAUUUCAGCCUUUCUUGAUUCUGUACCAAGUAGUCCUGCAUUUGCCUCAGAGAACACCCUGAUAAACAGGGCACUUGAACGCAUGUCAAGCUUUGGAGCGGUGCAAAGUAGAAUGCUAGAGCAAAAUGCUCAGACGGGACGAGAUGCCUCAGCAGAGCGCAGGAGGGGAGGCCUGGGUGGAGGCUUCCUUUUCAUCUCAAUACUUGGUGGGCUGGGCGCUAUCUUCUGGGUCUUGAUAAUUGGAGCUGUUGUAAAACUUUUCAAGGGUUUGUGGGGCAGAUUUAUUGCUUCAUAGCAAUUGGGAUUAUUAGCCACUGGGUACGUUCUGGAAUGCACGGUGCUGAAAGAUGAAAAGAGAGCAUUUCAUCUUGUUAUUUUGUAGCAUGACUUUUGAGGAGCAAGGUAUUCACAAGGUGACUGCGGUUCGCCAGGAGAGGAUCAGCCUCCUGGUUCUCACAGCCUGAUUGUUGUGAGGUUUAUAUAACAUUUCUUUUGUUCGUAAAUAGUGUUCUUUGAGUCGUACAAAUUUGGAAUGCAAUCGUGCAAUAAUAUAUAUUUUGUUCCAC